GACGUGGGAGGAAGCGGUUGUCCGGAGCCAGGGGGCUGAAGCCGGCUGGCGCGCGCGGCUCGGAGUCGUUUUUCUUCGGAGCGCUGUCGAGGGCGCGCCCCCGGAGCGGACUUGUCUGCGCUCGUCGCUCUCCCUGUCGCCACCGGACCGGAGGCAGGGGUGGGUCCAGUCACCUCGACGCUCGCCCUGGGUAGAGGAGGCAGGAUGGAGUUCAAGCUGGAGGCUCACCGCAUCGUCAGCAUCUCCCUGGGCAAGAUCUACAACUCGCGGGUCCAGCGGGGCGGCAUCAAGCUGCACAAGAACCUUCUGGUCUCGCUGGUGCUGCGCAGCGCACGCCAGGUCUACCUGAGCGACCCCUGCCCUGGCCUCUACCUCGCCGGCCCCGCGGGGACUCCGCUGGCGCCGCCGCCGCAGCCCGGGGAGCCGGCGUCCGGGCCCCCCGCGGGCUGGGGCGAGCCGCCUCCCCCGGCGGCCCACGUCGUCGCCUGGCCGGAGCCCGAGCAGCCGCAGCCGGGGUGCCCCGAGACCUCCCGCGCGCCGCGGGCGGGGAGCGCGGAGGACGCGGCCGAAGCUGCCGGGAGCCGCGAGGAAGCGGCGAGCGUGGCGGCGGCGGCGGCCGGCGGCUUCCCGGCUGCGCCGCCCUCGGAGGGGCCCGGGGCCGCGCGCCGUCCGUGCGGCUGCCCCCCCGCCGGGGAGGACCCGCCGGGCGCGCUGGCCGCGUCCCUCGGAGCUGACUGCCGCUGCGCGCCUCGGCCCGCCGAGGACGCAGCCCCCGCGCCGCCCGCCGUGGGCCCCAGGAAGCGCGGCGCGGCGGGGGUGGGCGGCGGCCACGCGGGCUGCCCGGCGCCCGGCGCCACCCCGCAGAAGAAGCCGCGCCGGCACUCGGAGGAGCAGCCCGGCGGCGGCGGCGAAGAGGACGGCGGCGAGGAGGAGAUGGAGACGGGCAACGUGGCUAACCUCAUCAGCAUCUUCGGUUCCAGUUUCUCGGGACUCUUACGGAAAAGCCCCGGGGGCGGCCGGGAGGAGGAAGAGGCCGGGGAGGGCGGUCCGGAAACCGCCGAGCCGGGGCAGAUCUGCUGCGAUAAGCCGGUGCUGAGAGACAUGAACCCCUGGAGCACAGCCAUCGUGGCCUUCUGAGCCCCAGUUCCCGGGCGGCGGGGUGGAGGUUGAGCAGCGGGCGUCCCCGAAGUGAGGGCCGGGCCUCUCCCGGCGACGAGGACGCCCCGAGACGGCAGGCGCCGAGCGCGUCGGGGGAGACUGGUGGCUGCGGGGCAGCACCCCGACCCCGGCCUGGCAGCCCUGCUGUGUCGAGACUCGAGGCUCGUGCGGAGACCUGGAGUCGGAGGCUUAUCCUAGGAAGAGGACGAUCGAUCGUUAACCUUUUGUGUACGUGUGUGUCUGUAAGUUCGUCUUGUUGAAUUUAGACUUUUUUGUUGUUGUUGUUGUUGUCCGCCUGGAACGCACCACCCCUUCCCCGGGGCUUAAGACUUUGGGGACUGACAGGGACUUUCCUCCGCCCUCCGCCCGGAGAAGGAAGCGGCUGUCGGCGGGGGCGCGGGAGUUCCCCGGCUGAUCUCGGGGAGGGAGGGGACUUUACACACCUUUGUCGUGCGAGUUGAGCUGCCCCCGAGCCGGGAGGGGCCUCCUCCCCGGAUUGCCUGCCACUGGCGGGGAGCAGCCCGCAGCGGAGACUCAUUCCUUCUCUCCUCCCCACCAUCUUCGCACAGAAGAAACGUUCUGACCCUGUGAUUACUCUGGGGAAAGGGGAAUAUUAAGGGACCUUCAUUUCCUCACGGCGGGGGGGGGGGGGGGGGGGGGGGGGGAAGCUUGAUGAACUUCACCCAAGAGUUCAAGCUUGGAAAUACGGAGUUUAUAGAGAAAAGAUAUAUUUUUAAAAGCUCUAGCUCAGAACUACACAGUGCUUUUAAAAAAGUGUUUAAUGAAACAGAGUUUACAGACAAGCCCUAUGUGGAAAGACCUUAUGGGUUUGUAGAUAUGGUGACUCCAGUCUUUGUUGUAUAAAGGUUGGGGGAGCUGAUAAGGUUUUUGUACAGUAUUUUCUCCUUCCUUGUAUUGAUUUUUGUAUAAAAAUGUAACUUUACGUGUCUAACACGUAUUAAAUAUUUUGAAGCAAC